AUGGUGAAGGUCAGUGUGAACAAACAUGGCUGUAUUUGGCUCCUGGUUACCAGGGCUGCCUUCUGCUCUGCAUCUGGCAAAGCAGAGAUUGUUGCCAUCAAUGACCCCUUCAUUGACCUCAACUACAUGGUCUACAUGUUCCAGUAUGACUCCACCAAUGGCAAAUUCAACAGCACAGUCAAAGCUGAGAACAGGAAGCUUGUCAUCAAUGGGAAGACCAUCACCAUCUUCCAGGCAGAAAACUGGGACCAAUUGAAGAAUGGGGCUAAAAAGAUUAUCAUCUCCACACCUUCUGCUGAUGCCCCCAUGUUUGUGAUGGGUAUGAAUCACAAGAAAUAUGACAACUCACUCAAGAUUGUCAGCACGUAUCCUGUACCACCAACUGCUUACCACCCCCCAGCUAAGGUCAUCCAUGACAACUUUGGCAUCAUGGAAGGACUCAUGACCACGGUCCAUGCCAUUACUGCCACUCAGAAGACUAUGAAUGACCCCUCUAGAAAGCUGUGUUGUGAUGGCCGUGGGGCUACCCAGAACAUUAUCCCUGCAUUCACUAGUGCUGCUAAGGCUGUGGGCAAGAUGCCAGAAGUCCACCCCGGAGACGAGUAUCUUAAAGAAAUGAUGCUGAAAACUGGAAUACCAGAACGUGGUAGAAUAGAAUUAGACUCAAAUCCUUUGCCCUGCACAAAAUUCAACUCAAAAUGGACCCAAGACUGUAAUGCGAAAUCUAAGAUGCUGGAACUUCUAGAAGAAGACACAGAUAGUACCCUCUAA